AUGAAAGCCAAACUCCAUACCACGCGACUCUCACGUGUCGGGUCGAACCGAGAAAAUAAUCAGGGAGUCUCGCGACUGGGAGAGGAAGCAGAGCAGACUCAGCAGGGAUGGAGGGAAAGGCAGUGAGAGGCGAAGCGAUGGAGAGCAUAUCGGAGAGGCUAUCGUCGUUGGAGGAUCUCUACUUCCCUCGUGCCCUACAAUCCAACGCCCUCAAUCCCUCUGAACGCAAGGCUAUACUCCUCGACCUCCUUUCGAGGGACGUCGCCGUUUUCCUAGAACGUUAUGGUUCAAAAUUGACCUUUGAUGAGCUCCGAGAGUUUGAUGCGCUCCAAGAUGAUUAUGAAAUCAAUUGGCAUGUGAAGCAUCUUAAAAGCUUAAUGAGUCCAACAUCAGAUGAAUUGAAGUCAAGGUCAGUUACAGUCAAGAACCGGAGGCGAGCAUACCUGAACAAAUUGAUGUUUGACGGGAAUUAUUUCUCAGAGGACUCAAUGAGAGAGAGAGAGCCAUACUUGCAUCAUGAAUAUGUUGGGAAGUUUCAGGAUCCCAUUGGAAGGACCAUGGCCAGACCCGGAGAAAGGUGGUCGGACACGUUGUUGAGGAGGGCAGAGGAAGCAGUUUUGAUUUCAAAGAUUAGAGGGGAGCAGCAGAGGUUGGGUGUUCCUGAAAGUGAUUGGGUUGGUGGUGGUGAUAGAAACCAGCAAGAAGAGCAAGAGGAGGAGGAGGAGGAGGAAGAAGAAGAAGAAGAGGAAGAGGAUGAAGACAAAGAGGAAGCUGUGAGGGCUGACAGAGGCGCACAAUCUACCGAGAUGCUUAUCGAUCAUCCAGUUGCACCCAACGGUGCUCAAACUAUGGAUAAUCGAGAUGUGCCCAAUGGUGCUCAAACUGCAGGUCAGUCGGAUGGGCCCAACGGUACUCAAACCACCACAGGAGGGCACAGUGAGAAAGAAACUUUAUCUGCGGCAGAGUUGGAAGAUCAGAUGGACCAGUUCACCCACAUCAUGCAGCAAAAGUUUUUGUUGGGAGAAGAUUCCGAGUACUUAGAUUACACACAAAUUGACAAUGACGAAACACUGGAUGAUCACUGGCAGAGGGAAGCCAACCAUGAUGCUGAGGAGAAGUACUUUGCCGAGGAUUAAAAGGAAUCAAAGUGCAUCCAUUGUUUUCCUGUCUGCUCUAACUGAAAGCAAUACUCUCAGUGUCCUUGAGAGUUCGGUUACCUAGAAAUCCAGUUGUAAGUAUACGCCUAGUUUCUCCGUCACUGUACAUUAUGUGUGUCACCAGCACUUUGUUUUAGUUGUUUGCCGGCUUUUCAAACUUAAACAUCUUCAGAGUA